AUGUAUAUCUUGAUAACUAUCUGUCUAACUCAUCUAUCUAUCUAUCUAUCAAUCUAUCUAUCUAUCUAUCUAUCUAUCUAUCUAUCUCACUCUGUUCAUACAUAUGUCUUUUCUUACUUCCUCUCUUUCUCUUUUUGUCGUCUAGGGGCUUGGCUGACGAUUAAGCAGAAAAUGCGUUCCCUCUCUCUUUCGUCUUGGUAUAACAGCACUUUCGCUCGAGAUGGUCUGUUCUUUCUUUCUUUUCCCUCUCGUGCUUUGAUAAAGGGCUUGGUGACAGUUGAAACUGCUUUCUUUCUCCUCGAUAUAGCGGCGUUCCGCAUGCGUCGUCAAACGGGUCCAUCCAUUCCACUCGGAGACUAUUUCUCCUCACAAUUUCGCGAACACAUCCUUUCAGCCCAUAUGCCGAGACAUUCGCCAGACGUCCUACCGGCCCGCAGGCGUAGGCCAAGACUAACUUUUCCGUUUCACUAUUCACUCUGUUCCUUCUCUUUUCUACCUUACUUACUGCCUUUCGUUCUUUCUUUAAACAAUUCCAACCUUUCUAUACAGACUCAGUUCCUUCUUUCUUUUUUCUUUCUUUCCUUUCUUUUUCUUUCUUUCUUUCUUUCUUUCUUUCCUUUCUUUCUUUCUUUUUUUAAACCUUUCCAACCUGUUUUCUAUACAGACUUAAUUCAGUUCUUUCUUUCUUUUUCUACUUUCUAUACAGACUCUGUUAAUUCCUUCCUUUCUUUCUUUCUUUGUUUAAACAAUUCCAACCUUUCUAUACAGACUCAGUUCCUUCUCUUUUCUACCUUAAUUCCUUUCUUUCUUUCUUUCUUUCUUUCUUUCUUUCUUUCUUUAAACAAUUCCAACCUUUCUAUACAGACUCUGUUCCUUCUCUUUUCUACCUUAAUUCCUUUCUUUCUUUCUUUCUUUCUUUCUUUCUUUAAACAAUUCCAACCUUUCUAUACAGACUCUGUUCCUUCUCUUUUCUACCUUAAUUCCUGCCUUUCUUUCUUUCUUUCAAUUCCAGCCUUUCUUACAGACUCUACUCUGUUCCUUCUCUUUUCUACCUUAAUUCCUUUCUUUCUUUCUUUCUUUAAACAAUUCCAACCUUUCUAUACAGACUCUGUUCCUUCUCUUUUCUACCUUAAUUCCUUUCUUUCUUUCUUUCUUUCUUUCUUUCUUUCUUUCUUUCUUUCUUUAAACUCUUUCCAACCUUUCUAUACAGACUCUACUCUGUUCCUUCUCUUUUCUACCUUAAUUCCUGCCUUUCUUUCUUUCUUUAAACAAUUCCAACCUUUCUAUACAGACUCUGUUCCUUUCUUUUCUUUAAUUCCUUUUCUUUCUUUCCUUUCUUUAAAGACUCCAACCUUUGUUCCUUCUCUUUUCUACCUUAAUUCCUUUCUUUUCUUUUCUUUCUUUCUUUCUUUUAAACAACCUUUCUAUACAGACUCUACUCUGUUCCUUCUCUUUUCUACCUUAAUUCCUUUCUUUCUUUCUUUCUUUAAACAAUUCCAACCUUUCUAUACAGACUCUACUCUGUUCCUUUCUUUACAGACUCUGUUUCCUUUCUUUUCUUUACUUUCUUUCUUUCUUUUCUUUCUUUUCUUUAAACAAUUCCAACCUUUCUAUACAGACUCUGUUCUCUUUUCUUCUUUUCUACCUUUAAUUUCCUUUCUUUCUUUCUUUCUUUCUUUCUUUCUUUCUUUCUUUUUCUUUCUUUCUUUUAAACAAUUCCAACCUUUCUAUACAGACUCUGUUCCUUCUCUUUUUCUACUUUCUUUAAUUCUUUCUUUCUUUCUUUCUUUCUUUCUUUCUUUAAACAAUUCCAACCUUUCUAUACAGACUCUGUUCCUUCUCUUUUUUAAUUUUCUUUUUCUUUCUUUCUUUCUUUCUUUCUUUCUUUUUUCUUUAAACAAUUCCAACCUUUCUAUACAGACUCUGUUCCUUCUCUUUUCUACCUUAAUUCCUUUCUUUUCUUUCUUUCUUUUCUUUUUUCUUUCUUUCUUUCUUUCUUUCUUUCUUUCUUUAAACAAUUUCCAACUCUUUUCUAUACAGACUCUACUGUUUCCUUCUCUUUUCUACCUUAAUUCCUUUCUUUCUUUCUUUCUUUCUUUCUUUUUCUUUCUUUCUUUCUUUUCUUUCCAACCUUUCUUUAAAGACUCCACAGACUCUGUUCCUUCUCUUUUCUACCUUAAUUCCUUUCUUUCUUUCUUUCUUUACAGAUUUCUUUCUUUUCUUUCUUUAAACAAUUCCAACCUUUUCUAUACAGACUCUACUCUGUUCCUUCUCUUUUCUACCUUAAUUCCUUUCUUUCUUUCUUUCUUUAAACAAUUCCAACCUUUCUAUACAGACUCUGUUCCUUCUCUUUUCUACCUUAAUUCCUUUCUUUCUUUCUUUCUUUCUUUCUUUCUUUCUUUCUUUCUUUCUUUCUUUAAACAAUUCCAACCUUUCUAUACAGACUCUACUCUGUUUCCUUCUCUUUUCUACCUUUUCCUUUCUUUCUUUUUUCUUUCUUUCUUUUCUUUCUUUCUUUCUUUCUUUAACUUGUUCCUUUCUUUUCAGACUCUUUUCCUUUUCUUUUCUUUCCUUUCUUUUCUUUCUUUCUUUCUUUCUUUUCUCUUUCUUUCUUUAAACAAUUCCAACCUUUCUAUACAGACUCUGUUCCUUCUCUUUUCUACCUUAAUUCCUUUCUUUCUUUCUUUCUUUAAACAAUUCAACCUUUCUAUACAGACUCUACUCUGUUCCUUCUCUUUUCUAACUUUCUUUCUUUCCUUUCUUUCUUUUUUUUCUUUCUUUAAACAAUUCCAACCUUUCUAUACAGACUCUACUCUGUUCCUUCUCUUUUCUACCUUAAUUUCCUUUCUUUCUUUCUUUCUUUCUUUUUCUUUUCUUUCUUUCUUUUUUCUUUCUUUAAACAAUUCCAACCUUUUAUACAGACUCUACUCUUUCUUUCUUUUUUCUUUUCUUUCUUUUAAACAAUUUCAACCUUUCUAUACAGACUCUCUUUCCUUCUUUUCAAUUUUAAUUCCUUUCUUUCUUUUCUUUCUUUUUUCUUUCUUUCUUUCUUUUCUUUCUUUCUUUCUUUUUAAACAAUUCCUUCUUUUCCAGACUCUGUUCCUUUCUUUCUUACAGACUCUUUCUUUCCUUCUCUCUUUCUUUCUUUUCUUUCCUUUUCUUUUCUUUCUUUUCUUUAAACAAUUCCAACCUUUCUAUACAGACUCUACUCUGUUCCUUCUCUUUUUCUUUAACCUUAAUUUCUUUCUUUUUUUCUUUCUUUCUUUCUUUCUUUCUUUCUUUCUUUCUUUAAACAAUUCCAACCUUUCUAUACAGACUCUACUCUGUUCCUUCUCUUUUCUACCUUCUUUUUUCUUUUUUCUUUCUUUCUUUUCUUUUUUCUUUCUUUCUUUCUUUCUUUUAAAACAAUUCCAACCUUUCUAUACAGACUCUGUUCCUUCUCUUUUCUACCUUAAUUCUUUCUUUCUUUCUUUUCUUUCUUUCUUUCUUUCUUUCUUUCUUUUUUCUUUAAACAAUUUCAACCUUUCUAUACAGACUCUACUCUUUCCUUCUCUUUUCUACCUUAAUUCCUUUCUUUUCUUUCUUUCUUUAAACAAUUCCAACCUUUCUAUACAGACUCUACUCUGUUCCUUCUCUUUUUCUACCUUAAUUCCUUUCUUUCUUUCUUUCUUUCUUUCUUUCUUUCUUUCUUUUCUUUCUUUAAACAAUUCCAACCUUUCUAUACAGACUCUACUCUUUCUUCCUUCUCUUUUCUACCUUAAUUUCCUUUCUUUCUUUCUUUCUUUAAACAAUUCCAACCUUUCUAUACAGACUCUGUUCCUUCUCUUUUCUACCUUAAUUCCUUUCUUUCUUUCUUUCUUUCUUUCUUUCUUUCUUUCUUUCUUUCUUUCUUUCUUUAAACAAUUCCAACCUUUCUAUACAGACUCUGUUCCUUCUCUUUUCUACCUUAAUUCCUUUCUUUCUUUCUUUAAACAAUUUUCUUUCUUUCUUACAGACUCUACUCUGUUCCUUCUCUUUUCUACCUUAAUUCCUUUCUUUCUUUCUUUCUUUUUCUUUCUUUCUUUCAAGCAAUUCCUUUCUUUUCUACCUUUUUCCUUUCUUUCUUUUACCUUAGACUCUGUUCCUUCUCUUUUCUACCUUUCUUUCUUUCUUUUCUUUCUUUCUUUCUUUAAAACAAUUCCAACCUUUCUAUACAGACUCUGUUUCCUUCUCUUUUCUACCUUAAUUCCUUUCUUUCUUUUUUCUUUCUUUAAACAAUUCCAACCUUUCUAUACAGACUCUGUUCCUUCUCUUUUCUACCUUAUUCCUUUCCUUUCUUUCUUUUCUUUCUUUAAACAAUUCCAACCUUUCUUCUACAGACUCUGUUCCUUCUCUUUUCUACCUUAUUCCUUUCUUUCUUUCUUUCUUUCUUUUCUUUACUCUGUUCCUUCUCUUUUCUACCUUAAUUCCUUUCUUUCUUUCUUUCUUUCUUUCUUUUUUCUUUCCUUUCUUUCUUUAAACAAUUUCAAACCUUUCUAUACAGACUCUGUUCCUUCUCUUUUCUACCUUAAUUCCUUUCUUUCUUUCUUUCUUUUAAACAAUUCCAACCCUUUUCUUACAGACUCUAUUUCCUUCUCUUUUUCUACCUUAAUUUCCUUUCUUUCUUUCUUUCUUUCUUUCUUUCUUUCUUUUUCCUUUCUUUCUUUUCUUUUCUUUAAACAAUUUAACAACCUUUCUUUAAAGAAUUUCUGUUUCUUCUCUUUUCUUACUUUCUUAAUUCCUUUUCCUUUCUUUUCUUUCUUUCUUUCUUUCUUUCUUUCUUUAAACCUUUCCAACCUUUCUAAGACUCUGUUCCUUCUCUUUUCUACCUUAAUUCCUUUUUUCUUUCUUUCUUUAAACAAUUCCAACCUUUCUAUACAGACUCUGUUUCCUUCUCUUUUUCUACCUUAA